AAGAGAUCGUUCCCUCGAAUUUUUUAACCGAGAGCGACGAAUACGUUAUAAUAAUAAAUUUCAUGUGGCAGAGUGACCGUUAAAAGGAUCGUUGGGAAAUACCAUGUGUAAGAUAUGGCCAUCCCUAUUCCGAAUUGCUAUGAAAAAUUUACGCCAGAAAUUAGCGAAUUGCUGCCAGUGCGAGAGCACAGGUGCAAGAGGUGUCCCAAACUGGUGUUUGGCAACAUUGGUCACUAUAUCCUGCACCUGCGGCAGCGACACCCGGAAGAGCAACCACCCUUACAAAAUGGACCCAACACUGCGUUUCAUUGUCCUGCGGAAAGGUGUAUCUACCAUGUGGCAACAAAGGGAUCACGCAGUUUCACCACCUUACGGCUGCUGCGACAACACUAUCAGAAGAGCCACAUGGAAAAGAACUACAAGUGUCAGGAUUGCGCCGAGAAGUUUCUGCUGCAGCACCAUCUGGAGAAGCAUAAAUGCUCUGAGCACAAGUGUCCCGUUUGUGAACUCACCUACAACAGCAAGGCUGGCCUGAGGACCCAUAUGCGGCGCAAAAACCACCUAGUGGAGAACAAAUGCGACAAGGUGGCCAUAACAUCGUUGGCCACCUGGAGGAAAAUGAACCCAGUGCCUAAGCCUGCUCCUACAGAGAUUAUUGCCUGCCCUAGUUUGGAAGUAGCUACUGUUAUGCCCCCUCCAGAAAGGUAUAUGGACAAUAUAUCCUCCAGUUUGGUAAUAGGCAAUGACUUAUCUACUGAGGUAGAUAAUUCGCAGGCGAAUAUCUCCGCCGAUUUACCUGCUCCAGAGGGGCAUAUAUUAUGUUACCUACCCAUUUUGGAUUUGCCGUAUGCAUUAGAGCUAACAUCCCAAAAAUUGGAUAUGGAAACCCAAACGGAGAAGGAUAAUUUUAAUGAAAUCAGGAAUGAAGUUUUGGCGCCUCUGUUGCGGGAUAUAGAAACCCAAACGGCCGACACGCGGGGUGAUAUUGGAACGAUGACUGAUGAUUUUCCUGGGGAACAGGAGCAAAUAAAACAGGAAGUUCCAGUAGGAAGCGAUUACCAUACCUAUCCUGAAAAUGAACCCAUCUUUGAUUUGCAAACUUCCGCCCAUAUGUACACCCAGACUUGCGACGAUUUGUUCGAAGAACUGGGACUGUCCCAUAUUCAAACUCAGACAAACUGGCCGGAUGGUCUUUACAAUACCCAGUACACGCAGACCUGCGACGAAAUAAUGGAUGAAUUAUUUCCGGACAACAUUCAGUCGACUUACACUCAAACUAUGUGGCUGGACUGGAAGGAUAAUGCGGAAGGAAAUAGUUAGGAAAGGUUCUUGUCUAAUAAACUAUUUAAGAAUGUUUUACUAUACUUCAAAAUACCUGUUUCCAUAGCUUUAUAAAUAUGGUUAUAUUAUUCAUAAUUUGAAACAAAUAAAAGACUAUAUUACAUCGGAAAA